GUCACUGCAGUCCCAGCUCAGCAGUCACACGAGACGCUCUGCUGCUGCGCUCUGUGGUUCCACUAUCUUACAGGGACCCAGACGGCGGCUUCUCCUCUCGUUACUUGUGUGACCCCAAUCCUGUGAAGAUGGGACCCGCGAUCCUGACCGCCCUCUGUCUGUGGAGCUGUGUGCUGACUGUGACACCUAUAAGCCAAGAGCAAGUAGGAAGAAUCACAAAUUACAUUGAGCAAAACAUCUUCAAGGGUGUGCAGGAUCAGUAUGCCUAUUUUGUUAAGUUUACUAAUGAAGAAUGCAACAAAGAUUUACAAACCAAAGAUCUUGACAAGGCUCUGAAAGAGGAUAAAUCUGCCGGCAUAAGUAAAAAAAUAGUCAAUAAGGAAAUCUAUAAUGGAAUUCGAAUGGUGGCCGCAUCCUACAUAAAGGAGAAGAAAUUUGACAUACAUGCUGAAUCUCGCCUAUUAAACCCUGCUCCUAUAAAGUCUCCCAUCAGCAAACUACUGGAGGGGACCCCCGCCGCUGGUUGUGUUGUAUUUUUCUCCCUGAACUCCCCUUGUGUACAGACCUGCACUGAUCCCAAGGGGAAGUACAACAUUAUCGACAAACUUAAUAAACACAACCUUCCCACGAGCCGAGCCUUCGCUUACACCAAAGUGUUCGACAAGGAUAAGAAGAAACCAGAGGACGAGGUUUGGAAAAACUGGGGAGUUCUCGAUCGCAAAAUGACUUUACUUCGGUGUAGCGGAAAUAACUGCAUUAAAUGCUUUAAUAAUGGAGUAAAAAAUAAGGCCUGCUAUAAGGAUUAGUCUAGAUGAUCAGAUUAUGUUGCUGCUUUGCUUAUAACUAUUACACAUCUUCCCAGUAGCAUAUUAACUAUAAGAUUUGCUUUUCCUUUUAAAUUUUGAAUUUUUUGUAUACCAAAUGAAAUAAAGACAUAAAUGAAUACCUAUAAAAUACUAGUAUCUGAGGAGAGACGGCUGGUGGUCACGCUCAAAGUUUAUAUCUUUAUGACAACAUAUAACAAGCUUAAUAAAUAAACUGCUGAAAUUUGAAUCUCAAAA